AGCGGCAUCCUCGCCCCAUAGUGGUAAGACCAGAGUCUCCAUACGCUUCAGAGUCGAAUGUAUGCUUGUGCGAUAAGCACGCAUCGUGUUGUGCUCUAGCCGGCACGUUUUUCGUUUCCCUAUAUCCCACCAAUCGACGCCAUUAUUAUCAACGACAACCACUAACACGGAUUGUUGCGAAAAAAGUGCGCGUUAAAGUCAAAACAACGACAAUAAAGCAUUUAAACGGGUUAUUUUGUAAGAAGAAAAUAACAUCCUUAGUAACGUGAAGGAAGCUGACCAACACUGUCUCAUGCUCUGUGCGCACGCCAAUACUCUGUGGUUAUGUUGAAGAAAAGUGUCUGACGUGAAGCUAUUGAAGCUCGUGUCUCAAAAUCGAGAAAAUCAUUUUUUAUUUUUUGUUCAAUUACAAAGUUCGCUUUGACAGCUGACUUUGACAUCAGUCGAGUCAUAAAUAAUCAAGUUGACCACAAGAGCUUCUUGAGUUUAUCACGUCUAUAAUUUUUUCUCACACUCUUGUCUUUUAUAGUCGUCAGAUUAAGUACUGAAUAUUUAGAUAUUCAGCUAUCGGCGUCCUUUUAACGAGAAUAAAAAAUUCAAACUUCUACGUAACGUGAAUGUCUUCAUAGUGUGUUUACCAGUGAAGUGUUAUGUGAAUUAUGUGAUUCGUGCCAACAUUUGUUCGUCUGGAAGAGUCUUAUUAUUUAGCCAUAAAACCGGGAAUUCGCGGAUAUUGUGUGAAGGAUGCAGGGACUGAAAUACAGGCUGGGGAGGAGGAUCCUGCUGCUCCUGUUACUGGCCGUUUUACCCCUCGCUAACGGCAAAAUUCCAAGCUCCUGCAAAUUUCCGGAAGCAUGGUCAGGACAAUGGUUCCAGUCAGGAAAACAGUCUCCUGUCACUAUAAAUGCCACCUCGUUUGGAGACAAGACGUGCAUAGAAAACAAAAAUGACAUGUAUUCUCUCUACGACACGACUGGUGAUAAUUGUUAUCGAUGUCUCAUAAUAAAUGAUCGUCAUGUCAAUGUCAUUCAAUUUCGCGAGGUAGGCGUAUGCUCAACUGAUGUUCGAAGUCUUGAUGUAUUGUGCGAAUCAAUCUGGACUGAUGACAAUCUCUAUACAAUGUUUCGUUUAAAUCCUGAACCAAUACCAUGUCCUUUCUCUGGAGCAUCAUACACUUUUACUUAUAAUCGUGGCCAAAAAGAAUGUACUUCUCCAGUGAGUUAUGCCGAAAGCUGUUCUGAUUCCAGUAAACUUCUUCUCAAGUAUCAAGCUUGUCCUGAUAUUCCGUACUCCGAAAGCACAACCGAAGAACUACAGUGUCUGGCAACAUGGAAGGAUGGUAGGGACAAAUAUUUGGUUGGUACUCUCAAACAGUUUGGGAGAAAUGCGGCUACUAAUAAUGAGGAUACAUUUAGGUGCUUCCUAUAUGAGAAAUCAAACCAUCAUCAAGGAGAGAAGGUAGCAUAUCAGUUAGCACAAUCAGGAGACUCGACAUGUGCUGCAUUGACUGCUGUUACAGAAGGCUCUCGAACCAUCAAACUAGUCAGAGUGGAUAAGGAACGUAGUAAAUGCAAGUAUCCGCCUUGGAUAACUAAGCAUCAUGCAUGGCACUCGGUGGAUAGUACAAGAGCUUACCACUUCACGUCAGGGAAUGCAACGCUAAAAAUAACAGGAGACAAACAUGAGCAAAGGAUCGUCUGUCAUAAUCGUGUGAAUGAAAGCUCAGACGGCCAAAAAGUAAUGCUCGUAGCUCAUGUAACGAGUGGUUGCGAAAUUGGCUACGUUUGCAUGAUUUUUCACAGAAGAAAUGGAAAGGUGAUUGAACUUCAGGAAUCAAGUAUUAAAACAAUUAUUCCCGAAGAAGCAUGUCAGCAGGCAAAUCUAUCAAGUAUACCAUACAUUACCUUAAUAACAUCAACUCCAGAGAAAAGAAAGUGCCCACUGCCAGGAAGAUAUCGAGCAAUUGGUUACGUUUCUCCGUAUGUUUUGUCGUCAACAACACCAAGACGUCAACGAAAGGAGACUAGUCUUCAAAUACGAGAUACCAAAAUACAACGAGCAGCAGAAAAGAGGACGUAUGAACAAAGAAAUGAAGAUGAGCCAUGCAAUGUUGUCUCUGAUAUUAAGAUUGGGUGUGAUACCCCGGAUCAGAGUGAAAUGAUUAUAACUUAUACUUGUGAGGAUCAACUCGUGUACUCUUGUCAUGACAGUUGGGAGGAAGAUGGUGUAUGGUACACGAUAGUGUCGCAAAAGAGUAGAGAUUCAAUGUCGGAACCCAUAGAGACAUUAUGUUUCUCAAUGCGCUGGGCAAAUCCACCGCCUAAAUUACCUGGAGGUAGAGGCGCCAGGCUAGAGCAACAAGAACAAGAGUUAUGGCUGUCACAACCAGCACGCGAGUUCCAAAGAGGUGCGACCGAUCAAUGGUCCGGAUACAGACUCGCUAGCCAAGGUAUGUGCGAGGACCUUACUCGAGCAAGUGCUACGUCUUCAUCGUCGAUGUCCAGAGUCUCAUUAGUACUUUCUGCGGGCGCUGCGAUACUCUGCAAACUAUUGUCAAGAUGAUAUGUCUAAAUUGAUAGAAAUGUGGUACUUCAGGCCUAGAUACACACUCUACAUAUGUUAUCCUACUGACAACUAAAGCAGAGACAGUGAAGUGUGAAGAAGAGACAGAAGCUGCGUGGAAAGAGAAGUUGAUAUUAGUGGAAAUGAUGAAAGGACUACGAGCUGUCCCACACUGUCCUGCUUGAACUGUCAAAGCUGUGUUUCCUAGGCUAAUCGAGACAGACGUCUCAAUUGACGCCUGGACAACGAGAUUCCGACGUCGAUCGAGCCGCAAUUACUACCAUCGUCGUCGUCAUCGUCCUAGACGAUGUUAGAGACAUAUUUGCAUCACAUCCAAAUCUAUUAGCGGCACGCUAACUAAUUCGAUUUGAGAUAUUCAUUCGCAGGUCAUUAGCUACUUCUCAUUAUCCAAAAUGUGAUUCUAUUUUAACAAUAUCAAAGAAUAUUUUGAAUUGAAAAACAAAAAAAGUUUAUCAGUAGUUAUUAUUUUAUGUAUUUAAUUUUAUACCAAGAGUCAUGUUUAUGAAUGAAAUCUGAUAUAUGUUUUUAAUCAAUAACUCAUGUUAAACAAAUCUAUUGUUUUAAUUUUUCAAAUCAAAAUAUUCAUAAUAAUCGCCAUAUAUUCCAUUUUCAUUGACAUAAAUAAUUAAAACAAAGUUAAAAGUGUUUUAUUCACAUCAGUAAUGAUUAAUAGCAAUAAUAAUUAAUAUAUUAUUUUAUUGAACUGAAUCAAUUGUCAUGGAUAAUGUGAUAGUCUUUGAAUGUGAUAAAAUAAUAUCGAAGACGUUGGCUAGAAAGAGAAAAUUAAAUAUAAAAGAGUAAAUUGAAAUGAAAAGAAUAAUGGUAUUUGUAACCAUGAACUUGUAAAUACGAUCAGGGUAUAAGUGAUCGACGUUCAAGGUUGGUUGAUCGUUUUUUUGAAAAAAAAACUGGAGUAAAACUCUUGAUAAAUAUGAGUUAACUUGACCGCAGAGCGUCGUUACCUAUCGAAAGAUGCGACGAAAAAAAUUAAACAUAAAUAUUAAAAAAAAAAAAUAAUAAUAAUAAUUAAAAUAAAAAUAAGAAAAUUUUUAUUCACUAGCUAGUUGCACAUCUGUAUAUACUGAUUUAAAUAAUGUAUAAUGUAUAAAGACUGUUUUUAAGGAAAUAUAUUGAGAAGUUUACGCUAAACUAGAAAGUGUUUGGCUGCUAGAUUUAUUGAUAUAUUAAGAAGAAAAGUUUUUAAAAUCAAGAAAUCGAUUCUUUACAGGAUUAAAGAUUUUUUAAGGGCAGGCCAAUGAUGAAGAAACAAUUCUUAUAAAAGAAUUAUUCGAAAAGAUGUGUAUUGUACUUAUCAGAUGAUAAAAAGAAAAAGAUUAUUGCUAAAAUGUCUGUAUCACAGAGUGAUAAUGGCAAAAGACUCGCACUGGUAGUUGAUAAUUUUUUAUUUGUAUACAUUUUACUAAUUAUUUUAACUCUAUUGAGUUUUAAUAGCUUCAAUUUUAUUUCAUGGACUCGCAUCGUUUCGAAACUCCAUGCAAUAUUAAGCCUGGAAUUUUUUAAAUGUAAUUUUAGCCAUAAAAAAAUAUUUGUUAACGAUUGCAAUUAUCGUGGCCUAUCGAAAAGGUAUAUCCAAUUAUAUCGAGAAAACUCUGUGGUAUCCGACACGCGCAAGCACAAAUAGACCCCAAAAAAGAUAAAAAAAAUAACAUGGAAAUACAGAAAGAUGGAAUUUGUCAAGUAUUUUUUUUUAACUGUAAAUAAUUAGGUAUUUUUUUAUAAACAACUUGUAAUCCGGUAUUCGAGAAUGCAAUACUUCGAUAGUCACUUCAUUUAUACCAUAUUUUAAUAAGUCAGAUAACAUUAUUGAUUAAUUAAUAAUUAAAUGUAAGGAAAAAUCUUUUUAUGCCAAGCAUAAAAAUCAUUGUCGUUGCUAAUUUAUUUAUGCUAUAUUUAAAUAAUAAGUGUUGCUAAUUAGUUAAUAAUUAAGAUAGAAGUGGCAAGAAUUGACGAUAAAUUGAUUAAAAGAAGCAUUGAACAAUCAUUUAACGUCAUUGGUAUACGCAGAUAAAUUCAUUAAAGAUUAGACACAAAAAAAAUAACAAAAAAAUUAUUAAAAAAAAAAGAAGCAAAAAUGAAGAUUAUUAUUUAAUAUAAUUUAUUAGAGUUUAUCAUAUCAAUAAUGGCAUUUAUACAUUGAAUCAAUGAAAAAAGAAAAAAAUUAUUAAUGUCGAUUUUUCUUCGUCAUUUAUUUAAACAAGAGUCUUUUUGUAAAUAACUUAUCGAGUACCGGAAGACAAGUAUGCUUACCUGAAGUAAUUUUUAAUACUGCUAACACAAAAAAAACAUUUCUAGAUAUUUAGUGGAGUCAUAAGUAUAAGCGGAGAAAAUAAAUUAAUAAAAACAUGUAAAAUAAUAAUAGUACGAAAAAAUAAAUUUUAAAUAAAUAAAACUGAUGUGUAUGUGUGUGUUAAGUGCCACAGGAAGACGCUUGAAAUAAAAAUGAAUGGAAAUAUUGAUUUAAAAAAAUAAUCGAUAAUGAUAUGGAUCAAGUGUACAAGGAGUAAAAAAACAUAUAUAUAAAUAUAUAUAUAUAUAUGGAAUAAAUAUAUAUAUAUUUUUCGUUUAUCACUGUGAUGAUUACCUAAUUAUUAUAAAUAUUAGUAGAUAAGGCAGUUUGAGUGUUGUUUUUUCUUGCCACUUGUAUAGUAAAAAACGAAAUAUUGAAUUAAAUAUUCUUAAGGGUUUUGGGGCUUAUAAAGAAGAUAUAAAAGAUAAGAUAAAUAAAAAAUUGUGAGUGGGCUUCUUGCUUGCCUACAUAAGAAAUUUGGAUCUUAUUACAUAACUACGAUAUGUAUUAUAAUAAUUAUAUGCGUAAGAAGUGGAGGAAUGCUGAAGCUAACGUCUUUUAACAUGCAGAUGCACCAACAAACGUCAUCUGUAUUGACUAUUGAUUUUUUAUUCUCAUCAAUCUUAUUUCAAUCAUAAAGAUUUCUAUCUAUCAUUACAUCGUAUUUAUGAUGUUAUCGAUUAAUACACAGUCAUUAUUAUUUUCUAAAAAAUAAAAUAUAAUAUUUAAAAAAAAAAGAAAAAAAGAUUAUGUGACAAAAAAAAAUACUGUUUUAACAAAAUUCAUUUCGUAUUAAUUAAUACUGUCCUGAAUUGCUAAAUAAAAAAAAAUUCAAUCGAACACAAACGGAAAUUUAAAAAAUAAUCGAGUCGACACUUUUGAUGAACGGAUACGUCUUGGAUAAUAGAAAAAAAAAAUUGUUAAAAAAUAAUAAUGAUAAAACAACGACCCAGUUUUUAAACUAUUGCCUAUUUGGCACUUUACGUUUGCCAUUUUUAUAACACAAACGAAAAGGCCAAUUUCGGUAGCUUUUUGUAUUUCCGAUCUCAUAUCUGCCUUCUCCAGACGCUAGCCGUUCGACUAGAUUAUCACACGGUACCACUGUAAGUGUCAAUCAGUGCUGAUUGUCACGAUAUGAUCUAGCAUCAUGUGUAAUGUUCAUUAUUAUAUUUUGAAUACGAAAUAUAUAUAUUAAAAUUAUU